CAACGCAAAUACUCCAAAGUACAACAAACACUCCAAAAGCAUCACCACGAUGGAUGAUUCUCUGCUCUGCUCUGCUCUCUCUCUCGCGAUGGCUUUUUUAGCGCUCGGCUAAUUGGAGCUUUUGUCCCUCCUUUUUCCCUGUUCGCACUUUCAAUCCUGAAUUGAAUUUGCAGUCUGAUUCAAUCCCUGCCCUUGUUUUUGUACUCGCCCAGUGUUCCCCCUUGAAUUCAAUCUCUUUUUCUUUUUCCCCCUUGGCUCCUCGUCGGAGAUAAGCGGCGGCGCCGGCGGUUGCCUAGUGUUAUCAUAAUAAUUUUCCAACAGCAACAACAAUAUGGCCAUUGAGGAGGACGUGGAGAGCUGCGGCAGCCGAGCGGCCGACUCUUUCUCGCACAUCAAUCCUCGCCAUCACAGGCAGAAGCUGGAGGUCUACAACGAGGUUCUCCGCAGAAUUCAGGAUUCCGCUCACGAAGACGCCAAUCUCCCUGGCUUCGACGAUCAGCUCUGGCUUCAUUUCAAUCGCUUACCUGCACGCUACGCUCUAGACGUUAAUGUUGAGAGGGCGGAAGACGUGCUUACUCACAAGAGACUGCUCCAAUUGGCAGAAGAUCCUGCUAAUCGACCUGCAUUUGAAGUUCGUUUGGUGCAGGUGUUUCCUGUCUCAAAUGGAAAAGCUCUUGACUCCAUUCAUUUAGAUUCUUCACUGAUAGAAGAUGCUCAAAGUUCUUAUUUAUCAAGCAGACAAGCUACCCACGCUCCUCCAACAUUUGGUUCAUCAUCUAAUCUUGAAGCUCUCACACAUAGAUAUCAUGUUGAAGAUGGUGAUAGCGCUGUAAACUCAACAUCAAACCAGGCCAGGCCCAUGCAUGAGAUCACCUUUUCGACAGUAGACAGGCCUAAACUCCUUAGUCAGUUGACUUCCCUGCUUGCUGAAGUUGGUUUGAAUAUCCAAGAGGCCCAUGCAUUUUCUACUGUUGAUGGGUUUUCCCUGGACGUCUUCGUUGUGGAUGGUUGGCCUCAUGAGGAGACUGAGGAGCUUAGAAAUUCUUUGGAGAAGGAAAUUCUGAAGUCUAAGCAGGAACAGCAAGUUUCGAAACAGCCUUCUAUUUCCACUAUCAGCAUUGUUAAUAACACGAGGAUUGUACCACUUCCUGGUUGCAUAGAAAUACCAAGUGACGGCACUGAUGUCUGGGAAAUUGAUGCCAGUCAGAUAAAAGUUGAAAACAAAGUGGCAUCUGGAGCGUAUGGCGAUCUAUACAAAGGCAUGUAUUGCAGUCAGGAAGUGGCUGUCAAAGUUCUAAAGCCAGAGCGUGUCAGUGCCGAAAUGCUUAGAGAGUUUUCUCAAGAAGUUUAUAUAAUGAGGAAAGUCCGACAUAAGAACGUUGUGCAGUUCAUCGGAGCGUGCACUCAGCCUCCAAACUUGUGUAUUGUGACAGAAUUCAUGGCAAGAGGUAGUAUAUAUGAUUUUCUGCAUAAGCAGAAUGGCGUCUUCAAACUUCCAUCGUUAAUCAAAGUUGCAAUAGAUGUGUCCAAGGGAAUGAACUAUCUCCACCAGAAUAGUAUAAUUCACAGGGAUUUGAAGACGGCCAAUCUACUAAUGGACGAGAACGAAGUAGUUAAGGUUGCUGAUUUUGGAGUUGCCAGAGUACAGACUCAAUCUGGAGUAAUGACUGCUGAAACUGGGACGUACCGGUGGAUGGCUCCUGAGGUGAUUGAACACAAGCCAUACGAUCACAAGGCAGACGUUUUCAGUUUUGGAAUAGUGUUGUGGGAGCUUUUAACCGGAGAGCUCCCGUACGCAUACCUAACCCCAUUGCAAGCAGCUGUGGGCGUGGUGCAAAAGUGUUUGCGACCUACUAUUCCAAAACAGACUCAACCAAGACUGGCGGAGCUUCUUGAGAAAUGCUGGAAACAAGACCCAACACAGAGGCCCAGCUUCUGUGAAAUCAUAGAUAUCCUUCAGAAAAUCGCCAAAGAGGUUGGAGAGGGAAAGGAAGGUCGUCGUAAGGAUCGAACCUCUGGUGGUUUUUUCUCGUCUCUCAAGAGAGGCCACAACUGAAACUGGAAAAGCGGGAUCAUCGGUACAUGAUAAGAAAUAAUCUGUGUUUUU